AUGGAUGAUGAUUCUUUACGUGGAGAUGAUGAUUUUGACUGGGACAGUGAAGAUGAGAAGGAAAUUGAGAAUUUUGCUUCAUCUUCUUCAUCAAGUCUGAGACUUCCUCAUGUAGAAACUGGGUCAAGCUCAGCAGAGGCAAGCUCAUCUGUAGGUUCAUCUUCUGGUUGCAAAAUGAUCAAUCAUUUUGUAAAAAUGGGGUUUCCUGAAAAAAUGGUCGCCGAAGCAAUUCAGGAAAAUUGUAAAGGAGAGGAAGAUGAAGAUUCAAUACUUGAAACGCUUCUCAAGUACUCGACAAGAUCAUCUGCAAGCUCUUCUGGCUCCAAAUUAUUUCAUCGUUUUGUAGGGAUGGGGUUUGCAGAGAAAAUGGUUGCCAAAGCAAUUCAGGAAAAUGGAGAGAAAGAUGCUGAUUCAAUUUUGGAAACCCUCCUCACAUAUGCAGCAAUUGGAAAAUCUGCUCGAGAACAGCCUAACAAUGAAUCUGAUCAUUGCUCCUCGGGACAUGAAGGGGGCUUUCUGGAUGACUUUUCAGAUAUAGAUAGUGCUGACAGUGAGGUAAUUAUGAAGACUGUUUCUGAUGAGGAUAAUAAAUUAUCCUUCUUAAGAAGGAUGGGCUACAAAGAGGCAGAUGCUUCAAUAGCCAUAAGUAGAUGCGGACCAGAAGCCACAAUUUCAGAGCUGGCAGAUUUCAUUUGUGCAGCUCAAAUAGCGAAGGCAGAGGAUGUUUUCUUCGCUGAAGAUGAGAAAAAGCCCAAGCAAUUGAACAAACAGAAAAAGAGGAGUUUUUUGGAGUGUGAUGUAUUGGAAAAGAAAAGGCCGAGGGGGUUGGAGAACGGAGAUGAUGAGGCAAUUCGGCUCCCAAAUCCAAUGGUUGGGUUUGGGGUGCCUACAGAACCAGGAAUUCUUACUCAUAGAACACUUUCAGAGGCUGCCACUGGGCCCCCCUUUUUUAUUAUGAAAAUGUAG